AAGCGACCCCGUCUUCAAAACCGCCAAAGAAUACUCAAUCUUGGAUAUGAAUUCAGAAGUCAAUGUCUGUUAUUGAGAAUCUGUUGCUCAGAAACGAGUAUAUGUCUAUGGAAUUGAUGAUGAAGAAGUUGAAGCAGACCCGGAGGUACUGGUCCUCCUGGGAAAAGAAAGAAGAAGACAUGAAGGACGGUUGGUUCUUUCACAACGGAAGCGUCUUCUUAAAAGAACUCAUCGCUGAUUGUAACGGCAAGUCCAUUCCCAUAAGAAGCUUUUCUGGUGACCAGAUUAUUCGAGCAACCAACAACUUCGACAUAAGCUGUUUUGUAACCAACGCCGGGUUCCACAUGUGGUGGUACAAAGGGAUCAUCGAAGACAGACCUUACAUGAUCAAGAGAUUCUCGGACGAGACAGUUCCAGACUACGGAACCAAAGAGAUUUACAAUGACAUUGUCUUGUCUGCUCGGAUGAGCAACCACAGCAGCUUCCUCAAGUUGUUAGGAUGCUGUCUCGAGUUUCCUUUUCUUGUUCUUGUGUUUGAGUAUGCAGAGAAUGGAGUCAUGAACCAUCGAGGAGCUACUAAGGUCAACGGUGAGGAAGUCUUCUUGCCUUGGAGUAUACGUUUAAAGAUCGGAAAAGAGAUUGCAAAUGCCUUAACUUAUCUUCACAUGGCAUUCCCCAAGAUCAUCAUACACAGAGAUGUCAAGCCAGUGAGAAUCUUCUUGGAUAAGAGAUGGAACGCAAAGCUGUCAAACUUAUCGUUUUCCAUAUCUAUUCCUGAGGGAAAAACAAGAAUUGAAACUGAGAGAGUGAUGGGGACAGUCGGGUACCUGGAUCCAUUAUAUAUAGCAACCAACUUUGUGACGGAAUAUACUGAUGUGUUUAGCUUUGGGGUCUUUUUGAUGGUUCUCCUCACCGCGAGACCAGCUCUUCUCAUCACCGGAUCUGAUGGGGAAUACAAAGGUGUUGUUGGCUAUGUGAAAGGCUUAUACGAGAAUGGGAAGCUAGACGAAGUGAUUGAUCCAUCGAUGUUUACAAACAAUACAAAUGGUCAACGGUUGCAGGUGGAAGCGUGUGUCGUACUUGCAAUGAGAUGCUGCGAGAAGAGAGACGAAGACAGACCAAAGAUGAUCCAAGUAGCUAAGGAACUCAAGCGUAUUGAGACAUUACUGAGAGAUUUCUAGCUAAAGACAUCCUCUAUGUUUUUAAUGGUGCACUGAGAUUUAAGUCAAUUCCUCAAUCAACAGAACUCAUACUCUAAAUGAGGCUCAGAUUGCACAUAUUACGGCUUUGAUAUGUGUGUACAUGAUUGCAUUAUAAUACUUGAGCAAUAUAGCUUCUCUCAAUGGUAUCAUAACUCUGGAUUCUUAAUGCAUUUUCCGGUUGAAUGAAAGUGGAAUUUUUUUUCUUC